AGCAGCGCUUCGAGUACCUCACAAUGAAAUCAUGCUCCGUGGCGGCGGAGGGUGAAGGCCACACAUGGCGGAGGGAGGGGCGCACGAAACGCGGGGCUCAUUUAUUUUGGCUCGUUGCUGUGUUUGGAGCCGUAAACACGCCAGAUGAAACGCUCCUGCCUCUUGCAGUAACAAACACUGCCAACGCCCACCCCCAUAACUCCGCCGCCAUCACCUCCUCCGCGGGCACACGUGGUCCCACCGUCGUCUUCGCGCGCCUGUAUUCGCCGCGAGAUCGCCCGCCGGCCUGCUAGACGAUGACGACUCCGCUCGACUUCAAACUCCCAAUCCCUCCGCCGCGUGCGGCGCUGAGCGCCCAUACAGCUCUCGACGCCGACGACGAAGCGUUCAUAUCCCCGGCACAUACUCCGGCAGGCAGCCCUUCCAAAUCUCAAUUCCCGCCAGGUGCCCACGAUCUCCCCCAUGUCUUCGAAAGUCGAUUGAAACUCCUUCCUACCCAGGGCCAGCAAUCUCCCUCGCGCCCUGUCCACCACGACCCCUUCGCCUCUCCCGAUACCAAGGCCGGUGCGCUAGGGCCAGGGAAGGAGAACACGUCCCCAGCACAACGCCCCCAGCCGCAGUCGACACAGAGCUUCAUAAACCAGGCUGCCGCGAGUAGGCAGGAGCCAUAUCGCCAGCGCGAUGACCCUUCGCCCACGCGUCACAGCAAGACGAUUGGCGGCGGCCUCACACCAGAGCAGCUUGAGAAGCUGCAAAAGCCCAGCGUCAAGAGACUGGCCAACGUCACACAGCUCUACUUUCUCGACUACUACUACGAUCUGCUGUCGUACAUCCACAACCGCCAAAAGCGCCUCCAGGCAUUCAAAACCCAUAACCCGCCGCCCACACCUUCCAGCCCUACUACGGACGCGGAUCAGUAUGACGAGCUAUGGAAGCAGUAUCUUGGCCGCGAGAGGGCGAAUCUCCGCCAGCGCAGAACGCGCCUGCGACAUGGCGACUUCCAAAUCUUGACGCAGAUCGGGCAGGGUGGCUAUGGUCAGGUCUACUUGGCAUCGAAAAAGGACACACGCGAGAUCUGUGCGCUCAAGGUGAUGAGCAAGAAGUUGCUGUUCAAGCUCGACGAAGUACGCCACGUGCUUACGGAGCGCGAUAUUCUCACCAAUGCCAAGAGCGAGUGGCUCACUCGCCUGCUAUACUCGUUCCAAGACGAUACGAGCAUCUACCUCGCCAUGGAAUACGUGCCGGGAGGAGACUUUCGUACGCUGCUCAACAAUACCGGCGUGCUGCACAACCGCCAUGCUCGAUUCUACAUCUCCGAAAUGUUCCUGUGCGUGGACGCACUGCAUCAGCUUGGCUACAUUCACCGUGACCUGAAGCCAGAGAACUUCUUGAUCGACGGCACCGGGCAUGUCAAACUCACGGACUUUGGUCUUGCUGCUGGCUUCCUGGCCCCUGCCAAGAUCGAGAGCAUGCGAAUUCGGCUGGAGGAAGCGGGUAACAUACCCGCCCACGCAAUCCCAUUCGGGAGACCCAUGGAAGAGCGCUCGCUGAAGGAGCGUCGAGAGGGCUACCGGUCUCUGCGUGAACGUGAUGUGAAUUACGCCAAGUCGAUUGUGGGUUCUCCGGACUACAUGGCGCCUGAGGUUCUGAAGGGAGACGAGUACGAUUUCACAGUCGACUACUGGUCUCUAGGAUGCAUGCUCUUCGAGGCUCUAGCCGGCUAUCCGCCUUUCGCUGGAGCUUCUGUCGAUGAGACAUGGCAAAAUCUGAAGCGCUGGCAACAUGUGCUGCGGAAGCCGGAGUACGAAGAUCCGAACUACUUCUUGUCGCGCCGCACAUGGGACCUCAUCACGAGACUUAUCAGCGGGAAGCAGAACAGACUCCGCGGUAUCAAGCAGGUCCAGAGCCAUGACUACUUCCGUGAAGUUGCGUGGGACCGUCUGCGUCAAGAACGCGCGCCAUUCGUGCCAGAACUUGACUCGGACACAGACGCAGGCUACUUCGAUGAUUUCGGAAGCGAGAAAGACAUGGCGAAGUACAAGGAGGUUCUGGAGAAGCAGGAGGCGCUAGAGCGCAUGGCAGAUCGGGGUGGCGAAAUGGGUCGUUCCCUCUUUGUGGGCUUCACGUUCAGGCAUCGAAAGCCGGCUACCGACGACAACGGUGCGCCCAGCAGCCCGCGAAAACCACUGACGGACAUCAACGAGAACUUUGGCACUAUGUUUUGAGCUGGCGGGACAGAACACGAGCUCAUUUUCCUUCUUUCGUAAAGUUACAUGCAGUACGAGUCAAGCAUGAACUAAUGGUAGACCAAGCUUCAAAGCCAUCUCAGUUGGCGCGGACGUUUCGGGUUAUGAUUUGUGGAAGCGUG